AUGUAUGUCGAGGUCAUCACGUCAAUAUUCACAGGCCUGGCGGUUUUGACCGUCGCCUUCCGGUUAUACGCUCGGUUUCACAUGGCGAAGGCCGCUGGGUUAGACGAUCUGAUUAUAUCAUUUGCGUUAGUCUCCGACAUCUUAUCUUAUAUUUUUAUCAUUCUUGAACGAGAAAACGGGCUCGGCGUUCCCACCACAAAGAUUUCUCUAGAUGAAUACAAGCGUCAACUAUUUUGGCUAUGGCUUUCAGUCCCUUUCUACAACCUCACCAUGAUCUUGGCCAAGAUCUCCGCACUAACCCUCUUCACCCGCGUCUUCCAUUCUCGUCGUUUCCUCAUAAUCACCUACGUCUUGAUAUCGUUCCUUGCCCUCUUCGGCCUCUGGACGACUCUGAGCGGCUUCGUCUACUGCAUUCCUAUCCACUACUUCUGGAACCCAUCCCUAGAGGUCCGAAAGAAUCAUUGUCUACCCGACGCGCCUACCUGGUUCACAAAUGCCGGAAUCCAGACCUUUACAGAUCUGUUGAUUGUGGCUAUGCCCAUACCACUGCUGUUGAAGUUACAGCUACCAAAAAGACAAAAGUGGGGGAUCAUUGGGGUUUUCAGUCUUGGAAUCCUUAUCGUUGCCACCAGUGCCGGUCGCUUAUAUGAACUAAACAUCAUGGUUAGUGGAGGAGACUUUACCGAAGCAAAUGCCCAAGCAGCCCUAUGGUCCUCCCUUGAAGCAAAUAUCUCCAUCAUUUGCAUCUGUCUACCACCACUUCACCCCCUCCUCUCCCGCAUCUUCUCAUAUUUCUUCCUCCCUCGACCAGUACGCUCAUCGCUCUCAAAGCGGAGACCUUCCAGUAAAGCCAAAAUGACCGAGACUGCUCACCAAGAUGAUGAGACCUGGUGUCACAAUCUGUUCAAUCCUGCACCGGCGAGUUACUCUGCCAGUAUCUCUAAGGUUGAUCCGAAUGAAGCCGAAGAGACUGAAGACGGGAUUCGUGUUGUACGCGAGUUGAGGUUGCAUUCUGAUUCUGUUCCUCCUUCUAUUCCUUCUGCGUAUAGUCAACAUCCCGAUUUGGAGAGGGGAGGAAGGCCGAGGGGUAGUAUUGCGCAUGAGAAUCCUCGCGUGGCGCUUAGUAGUGAGAGGGAUUUUGGGGAUUUUGAAUUUCCGGACUAUCAGGAUAAAAUGAAUGCUCCUAUUUGA